GCCUAUCACUUGUCAGGUGAGGCCACUCUACUGAUACGAGCGGCCGAUUUGGGCGACCGACUGAUCCACUGCUUCGAUACACCGCAACAUUUGGUGCCUUUCAGUGACGUGAAUCUGCAGACCAGGAGCGCGAAGACCCCCAACUGGUCGCCCGACUCGUCCCUCUCGGAGGCGACGACCGUUCAGUUGGAGUUCAGAGACUUAACGUAUUUGACGGGAAUUAAGAAAUACGAGAAACUGACUUUCCGGACGUCACAACACAUCCAUAACCUGACCCUCAAAAGUGGCAAACAUUUACUUCCAAUGUAUAUAAAUCCAUAUACGGGUCAGUUCAGUAAAGGGACCAUAACUUUGGGCGCUCGCGGGGACUCGUAUUACGAAUAUCUACUCAAACAAUACCUCCAAACGGGU